AGCACCGAGUGGUACGAGCCAACCGAAUUCGCUUCAUAUCCUUGUCGCGACAGCGAGGCGGACGAACAACAACGGAGAGGUAGGUACUGGUUGUCCAAUGUCCAUAGGCUAUACAGAGACCGCGGCCAAGGAUGGACGACUUCACCUUCCCUGCAACGGCCACCGCGGCUGAGCCUGCUGACACGCUGUGCCUGCACCACCACCAGCGCCGUCUACCCUUCCCCCACUUCGCCUCCUCGCCGCUCUGGUUCCCCGACGCCGGCGUCCGCGUCGCCCCUACACCGGUGGCCGUGGUGAGUCGCCGAACCGUCGACGACGACAUGGAAGAGCAAGAAGCGACGUCGUCCGACGCUGGACGGCGGUCGGACGCGGAAAGAGGAGGAGGAGAAGAAGAUGAUGAUGACGAAGUGGUCGACGUACUGCGCGGCGCCGUCGGUGGCGCCGGCGAGGAGAAGAUGGACAUGCUGUGGGAGAACUUCAACGAGGAGCUAGAGGCGCUCCGGCACACCGGUCCCUAUUCGAAGGCGGCGUGGGGGCUGCACGAGCUGUCGGACACGGAGUCGGAGGCGGCGGAGCGCGGGCGCGGGUGCGCACCGAUGCUGCGGGCGUCGUCUAGGGCCGGUGCAACGGGGCAGUACUACCGCCGGACCGGUGGCAGCUGGGUGCUGCUCAUGAGGAUCUUCAAGAGGCUCUUCGUCGUGGAGAAGACCGUCUCCGCCGCUAGUCGGCACCGGCAAGCGAAGGCAGCAGCACAGUGAUGGAUGCAUACAUGGCCAUGCACAAUCGCCUGCAGUUCCUCGCAUGCAUCCUUCUGAAUUCUGAUGCAAAUGCCAUGUAAGUUAUACUAGACAGAUAAGAGUAAUUAUGUGUUCGUGCAGGGAGUAAGUAGAGUUCAUCGUAUACAAAUUGAAUUCAGCAUAUAUAUCACUCCAUUUAUUUAUUUG